AUGGAGGAGGCUGAGGUGUGGUCCUGGUGCUUCCCUCACUUGACCAGCUCAUGCAGGCGUCUGCAGCAGCCUCACUCCUCCACAGUGCUCCUCUACUCUCUCCUAGCCUUCAUCUCUCUGCUCACCGUGUGUCUCAAUCUGCUCGUCAUCGUCGCCAUCUCUUACUUCAGGCAGCUGCAGACUCCCACCAACGCCCUGCUGCAGUCGCUGGCUCUGUCCGAACUGGUGGUGGGGCUGAUGGUGAUGCCUGUAGAGGGGGUGAGACACAUGGAGAUGUGCUGGGUGCUGGGCAGGCUGCUGUGUGCUCUGACCCCGUAUGUGUCCUACUGCCUGCUCUCGGCCUCUUUAGGGAACAUGGUGCUGAUCUCCAUAGACCGCUACCUGGCCAUCUGCGACCCGCUGCUCUACUCGUCCAAAGUGAGCGUGAGCCGGGUGCGGGUGCUCAUCUGUCUGUGCUGGGCCUGCUCUCUGCUCUAUAACGGCUGUAUUCUGAUAGGACACCUGAGCCGGCCCGACCGCUACAGCACCAGCCAUGGCGAGUGCGUGGUGGUCAUCAGCCACGCCGCGGGCACGGUCGACCUCCUCAUCUCCUUUGUAACGCCUUGCACAGUGAUGGUGAUCUUGUACAUGCGUGUGUUGGCGGCGGCGGUGUCUCAGGCCCGAGCUCGGCACUUCAGAGUCACCUUGAACGCACAGGAGACAGGCCCCAGAGUGAAACGCUCCGAGACCAAAGCGGCAAGAACGCUGGGGAUCGUGAUAGCUGUGUUUCUCAUGUGCUUCUGUCCAUAUUACUAUCCUGCCAUCGCUGGUCAGGACACUUCCACUAGUCUCUCCUACUACGCACUCUUGUCCUGGAUCAUGCUGCUGAACUCGUGCAUGAACCCUCUGAUCUAUGCCAUGUUUUAUCCCUGGUUUAGAAAAGCAGUUAGGCUCAUAAUCACCUUAAGAAUCAUGCAGCCCCACUCUAAAGAUGCCAAUAUCCUCUAG